AGGAGGAGAGGGGGCAGGGUGCCUGCGAUUGGUAAAGCUCCACGAAGGCAUCUGCCAGCAGGACUUCAGAGGAAUGUGAAACCAAAUCAUUUAGAAGUUAAAGAUAGACGCAGAAUACACAGCAUCUUGAGCCAAGGUUUAAAUUCAUCCCUCUUCUGCCUGGCUUCUCGCACAGUUCUGCUUGUCAGCUUGCCUCUGUCUCCUCUAUCAGCUGUAACAUUUCCUAAAAAAUAACAUCAUUCUGGAUUCUUGGGAAUUACUAAGGUGGCAAAAGAGAUCAUGGUGCAUACAGUGGGAAUGAUUGAAGAUUGUGGGAAAAGAGGAAAUACCAUGGCAGAAAGAAGGCAGCUGUUUGCAGAAAUGCGGGCUCAGGAUCUGGAUCGCAUCCGUUUGUCCACCUACCGAACAGCAUGCAAGCUUCGAUUUGUUCAGAAGAAAUGCAACUUGCACCUGGUGGACAUCUGGAAUGUGAUCGAAGCCCUGCGGGAGAACGCCCUGAACAACCUGGACCCCAGCAUCGAACUGAAUGUGGCUCGCCUGGAGGCUGUGAUUUCAACCAUCUUCUACCAGCUCAACAAACGGAUGCCCACCACCCACCAGAUCAACGUGGAGCAGUCCAUCAGCUUGCUGCUCAACUUCCUGCUAGCAGCCUUUGAUCCGGAAGGACAUGGUAAAAUUUCCGUUUUUGCUGUCAAAAUGGCCUUGGCAACUCUUUGUGGAGGAAAAAUCAUGGACAAAUUAAGAUAUAUUUUCUCCAUGAUUUCUGACUCCAGCGGGGUGAUGGUUUAUGGCAGGUACGACAUGUUUCUGCGCGAGGUUCUCAAGCUGCCCACCGCUGUCUUCGAGGGGCCUUCCUUUGGUUACACGGAGCAGUCGGCAAAAUCCUGUUUCUCACAACAGAAAAAAGUCACAUUAAACACUUUCUUGGAUACUCUCAUGUCUGAUCCCCCGCCACAGUGUCUAGUGUGGUUACCACUUCUGCAUCGACUGGCAAAUGUUGAAAAUGUCUUCCACCCCGUCGAGUGUUCCUACUGCCACAGCGAGAGCAUGAUGGGGUUUCGCUACCGCUGCCAGCAGUGUCACAAUUACCAGCUCUGUCAGGACUGCUUCUGGAGGGGCCAUGCCAGCGGUUCCCACAGCAACCAGCACCAAAUGAAAGAGUACACGUCAUGGAAAUCACCUGCUAAGAAGCUAACUAAUGCACUUAGCAAGUCUUUAAGCUGUGCUUCCAGCCGUGAACCUUUGCACCCAAUGUUCCCUGACCAGCCUGAAAAACCUCUAAACCUGGCUCAUAUUGUGCCCCCCCGACCUGUAACCAGCAUGAACGACACACUCUUCUCCCAUUCUGUUCCCUCAGGAAGUCCCUUUGCAAACAGAAGGUUACUUGGGGGUAUAAAUGCAGCCAGUCCUGUGGCUGAUGAGCAUUCUCUUAUAAAGCUGUAUGUAAAUCAGCUUCACAACAGUUCACGGGAGCACUGGAUUUGGACCCCUGCCUCUCAUUGCUGAACCGUUUUUCCAGCAUUCCCUCAGAUCUCAGUGACCUAAAGGAAGGUCCUGUUUCAUUCUGCAUUAAAGAAAUACACAAUUCCAUAAGAACAGUUUUCCCAGCUUUUUUUAUGUGGAAUUAUGUGGAAAUUUCCUUUUUUUUCCCCUUGUUAAUCCAUGAGCAGUAACUAUAAUUCAGAAAGAAUUAUCAAAAUGAAGGGACUUUUCUGCUAAAUGCCAAGAUCAUCAAUCUGGGUCAGACUAAUAACUGUAUCUUCACUCAUUCUUUUAAGUUUUACUGUUACUAUUGCCCUGGGAAAAUCAGGCCACUUUAGUGGAAGCUCACCCUCUUGAGCAUAAGAGAAAACAGACUUUGAUGGGCUCUGUUUGCAAUUGUGCUGGUUUUAUAUUAAAUACUCCAUUUUUCAUAUUAUAAUAAGAAGAGUACAAACUCAGAGCAAAAUUUCUAGCUGAAUGUAAUCAACACUAAAAGCUCUGCUGGCUGUGUUUUCACUGCAGAUAACUUAUGGUUACUUUAAUUUGUGUUGCAGUCUAGUCCAGAGAUUUCAGAUAGCUUUAAGUGACGUUUUUUAUGUAAUUUGAAUGUUUAUUCAAAGGAGAAGUGGCAGAGAAAGUCAUUCAUAGCAUUGCCAUGGCAUUUAUUUCAGCUACUUGUGUUCACAUAAGAACAGAGCCAUUCUAACCAGGUCCUCCCUGUGGCAGCAAAUGCUAAAUUCAGCACACCAGCUGAUUUUGCUGCUGGAAAUGGAUAGCAUCUCCUAUGUUCAGCACACUACUAUAUUUCUGGAUACAGGGGGGAAAACUGGAAAUUAACAGGGAGGAUGGAGAAUCUGGUUAGAGGAAAGAUCUUUAAUAAUUGGUAAAUGCAGUGACAAAUUGCAGGGAGCAGGUGAAAGGAGAUGAAACAUUAUAUACUAUUUACACUUUAAUUGCAUCUGAAGCACUGAUUUCGGGUGGGUACACAAUUACUCCAAAGCUCAAAGGAAGUUGGGUUCAGGCUUUCCCAAUUUCUUCAAACUGCUUUAGAAUUAAAGUCCACUUAAAAUUUCUGUGCUUGUUUGCUUAGUUUGAGCCAGCAGGUCCAUAAGAGAGCUUUAAUGAGGAGGUUGGCUUAGCAAUUACAAGUACCUUUCUCCUUAAUGUAUACAGUGUGGAAAUUGGUAUCAACAAUAUGCUCUGUACAGCUCAAGAACAGCUUUAAAGCACUUGUGCUAGAAAAGAAGUCUUCUCCCAAAUACCAAAUCAUGGUCAUUUGCUGUUGACAGCUAACAUGAUUAAAACCACAAGGCCUGUAAUUCUUUUGCUGUAGCUAAUAUUCAGGGGUUUCUCUCAAUUGUUUUUGCAAUUUCCAAUGGCUUAGAGGGCAGCAGAACACGGGAAUAUUGCUGCAGAAUAGGUAAUGCCCUUGCAACACCAAUGAUUUGCAUAUGUUACAUCAAAACAAGCAAACUUAGCAUUAUAGAAACUAUUGUCUGUUCAAGAGAAAUAACUCCAUACACUGAAUUAAUGGUUUUUUCCUUAUUUGAAUUAUUUUGCUGCAGUCUGUCAUACUGACUUAAAGUAUAUAGCUGCCAUAGUAAUGGGUACAAUGUCCUGCUCUUUCUUUAUAAGGGUUUUCUUUAAGCUAUUGAAUUAUCGUGCUUAGGUAGGAUAAGAGGAAACAGAAUGUUUUUUCUUGCAUUUUUCUCAGCCCCUCCUUCACAGCUAAUGCACUUAGUUCUUCUAAAGGGGUAAUAAAAUGGAAUAAAUGGUGUGAUGCAAUGCAUUCUGGUGAACUUGAGAUGACUUGGCAAUUGUGUGAUAGAUAGAAAGAAUGUGCUGUGAUAUCAGAUACUCACAGCCAAGGAGAAAUUGGGUCUUAUUUAAUGCUGAGUCAGAAUGGCUGGUGCCUUUUUUGAACUCCACAUCAAAGUUAAAGGAAUUGGAUAUUCUAUCUGGGCAUAACAAGUGAUUAGGCCAGAUUUCUAGUCAUCAACUAAUUUGGAGCAAACAUACUGGCUGCUGUUCUCCAUGUUCCUGUCUCUAAGGAGCAUGGUAGACUUUAACUGCAUGCUGUCUUUGCAUGUUUUUUUCAGAACAAGAUGAGAAGCCUUAUUUCAGCAGAAUAUCAGCAAUAUUCUACCUGGCUAAAGGAAAGGCUUAUAUGUUUGAUUGUUUAGUAGCCAGGUAGACACUAAUGAGGGCAUAACCAAUAUUACUAGGUCUGUAUCUUUAUAGACAUCUGCUCACAGCUGGAAGGGUUUGUCUGUAAAUUUGGAUGGAGAAGCAUUACUUAGCAUCUUACAAGAUGUUCCAUUUUAGCAGGAAUAUAUCUUUAAAAUAUCUGUUCCAGUUGGAAAUUCUCAGUGGCCAGAAUGAUCUCUGAAGUAUUAGUUGUAUUUUGGGGAAUACGUGGAGGAUGCAGGAGGAUAUGGAAGAACAAGAAGGACAAAUGUCAGCUCUUUCCAGUGAAGGAAGGUUGGAAGGUAGAAGCAGGGACAAAGAUGAAAGGGAUUGUAAAGGAGGCAGCCUAACCUUGGUAUUCAAAGAUACUGAAAUUAUGAAAGAGUUAGUAAGCAUCUGGAGGAUAAUAAACAAGAUACAAUCACCAUAGAUUUGUCAAGAACAAAUUAUAUCAACCAAACUAAUUUAUUUCAUUGACAGGAUGACUGAUCCUAUGGGUUAAAAAAGAAGCAGCACAUACAAUACAGGUUGACCUUAAAAGGGCUUUAUACACAGUCCUCGAUGACACAGAAGUACCCAAAGGAAAUACAGACAUAGGGAAAUUAGUAAAAGAGCAGCAUUGAAAGUAAAUCAUGACAUUUUCAGAAGUUUGCUGUCGCUUUAGGAGAAGGACAUCUGCUGGGAUUCUUGAAAGCUAUCCUAAAUUAGACACUGCACUAUUUCUCAGAGUGAUUUAAUGGAAGCAAUUGAGUGAAUACAUCCAAUUUGUAGGUGGUGCAAAGGUUGAAAUAGUUGUGGAAAGGAGUGCUUGGAGAGCAGUUUCUAAAUAAAAGAAAAGUAGCUCAAUAGCAAUGGUAGUAAUUGAUGUCCAAAUGAUCUGAAAUCAAUUACAGGAAAUUCAGUAAUUAUAAGUGAAAAGUGCUGUAGCAAGGAAGCAAAUAGUCAAAUAAAAGAUAGGAGCAUAAUUGGGUGGAUAGAAAUAUUUUAAAAGAGGACCUAGCAGUUGCAGUGAACCACAAACUGAUUGAAGUCAGCAGUACAAUUGUUAGAUUGUAUUUGACUCUGGAGCAUCAUGUGGGAAGCCAUUAAAACUCAUUCCCCAGAGGAGGAGGCAUCUGCCUAGAGGUUUGCUUGCAGUUUAGGGCAGCAGCACAGGGAUAGAUAUGCUAAGCAGCAUAUCUAGACUCCAGAGGAGACGCCCAAACAUCACAAAAACUGAGAAAAUGUAACUCAAGAGAAAAGGUUGGAAGAUUAAAGUUUUCUUAAUCAACUAAAAAGGAAGGGGCCAUGGUAUCGGUUGUUCAGUGAGUCAUCCUUGCUCACCUGUCUCUUCACACAACUGUGUGGUCUCUGGAGCAUGGGAGAGGGGAAUUGUGGUUGGUGUAAGGCACAUUGUUAGAAAGCAAGGCACAAAAUCUGCCCUGAGGCCUUUGGGCUCCCACUGUGGCAAGGUAUUUAUCUGUACUUUUAGAAGUAAAAGGUGCAUUUUUGGCUCAAGUGGCACAUCCUCUACCCCGUGAAUGCUUUUUCCUUCUGUAACUGGGAAGAAAACGUGUGGAAAACGCAUCCUUCUAGAUGGCAUGGCACAUGUUUAUCUGCAUGGAUUUUGACCCAGUGGAAGUGCAAUACACAUAAGUAGCAUGCUGGUGGUCAGAGAAAUGUGAAACAAGCAUUUUUUUCUUGCUGUGCAGUACAGAAUUUCAUUCAGCUAUCUUACAAAUUUAUUAUAAAUCAAUAGGCUUUUGUUCUUAGAACAACCUUUGGUCCCAUCCUCUUCAGAACCCUUCUGCCAACCUUGCCCUCCCAAAAGGAGGGGAAUUACACAAAUCUCACCUCAUUGAAUUCCCUCUUUGUCCCAAUAUCGAAGGUUUUGAAGAUUACCAGGCACCACAUUUGUGCAACAUUGCCUGCCUACACACACACACGCAGACCCAUACACCCCUGGAUGCACAAGUGCAUCCAUGCUUUCACACCCAUGAGGUGCCCAACAAAAAAGAAAAAGUGAUUAAUUUUUAAAAAGAAGAAAGUAAAAUAUAAUUUUGUUUUGCUUUGUUGUUUCAUAAAAACAAAGAAAUGCUGCAACAUGAAAAAGAAAAGGAACAUUUUCAAUGUUUCUCAUUUUUAGCCAGUGGUAGCUUGUUAGCAUGGAUAUUUAAGUGUUGGGAAAGAGGUGGUUACUGCAAUCCAUUAAAUACUGUAAUUAGGAAAAAAGUGUGUUUGGUGAACUAAAUAUUAUUUUAAAUCCACAGAACAGCAGUACUUCUGAAAAUGAAACUGCUGUAUCCCAUCACUGCAUCCAAAUAAAUGCCUUUCCAUAGAUUAUCAAAACCAUCUUACAGUUAAUGUGGAGAAAAGCAAUUUAGCUGUUAUGGUAAAGCUUUCCCAGCUCAAAAGCAGCAUUUGAGAUUUGUUUAUUUUGGAUUCUAUCUGGAAAAUACAAGCCUUCAUCUCUCCAUUUUUGUUUGUCAUUUCUGUAGUGGAGGCUUUAAUAGUUUGCUUUUGGAGAACAGGAGGGGAAACUCGUAAUUCCUGAUUUUGCAUUUCCUGACGUUUUGUAGAAUUCCUUUAAAGCUUCUAUUAUUUUUAUUUAGUCCAGGACACUCAAAUGAGCUUCUCCAAACGCUGUUCUAUAAUGAAUUUCAGACAUCACUGUUUACCCUCUUCUUAGUUUUCCU